CAAUGCUGUAAAACAUUACAUUUAUAAAAUAAUGUACACGUUGAAUUUUAUUACUUUUUAUUAUUAUAAUGAAAUAAAAAAUAUAUAUUCAACUCAACCUCAACUGAUCAACAAAUAAAUAUUAAUAGUAAUUAAUUACUUACUGUUGAGCUAGCUUAAUAAUGUCACAUCCACGUUAUCCGCACAGCAAUGUGGCGAAGCUUAAGGGUUAUCAUCCAGAAAAAUAUGUCAUUGAUGAUGUUUCACCAACCGUGUGUACUGAUGAGAGCUUGACGCCCAACCAACCUCCUUUGUUGACUCAGCGCACCAUCGGAAAAUUUCUACAGCCUAUAACUAGAGAACUGGUUGAGAUACCACCAAGACCCACUAUAGACGAGCUACCUGAUGCAGUAAUUGAAAAUAUGGCAAAGAAAGACAAAGCGUUUUGGGUUGAUAAACCUGGAGCUAAUGCAUACAAUCUUCACGAUGCCUUUUAUAAUUAUGGCAUGACUACCGAAAAAGUUUUGACACCUCACCAGGACAGCUUUCCUCAUUCUUAUCAGUAUGACCUUGACUGCGUUAAGUAUAGACGUCAGCGUGCAUGUGAGGGAUUAAAACAAACACAAGAGGGCAAGCAUGUAGCUGCGUAUUGUCGGGAAUGUGAUAAACCCUUAAACAUUAAAAUAGCACCAUCUCCAGCGGUCACUUCAGACUCAACCCAGAAACGAUGGCGAGAUUACCCAGACCUGACGAAAACACUAUCUUUAAAGGAAAUUCGUGAACGGAUGAUGAAUGAGGUUGGCAAACCGUUUAAGAAUGAAGCUUGUAAUUGGUAUAAUCAAAAUUAUCCUACAGUUAAAUAUGAUUGUAUAGUACGUAAAUUUUCUAAAUGAUUAAAGUAAAACACUGCUAUACUUA